AUGACCUCUACUAUUUCUGAGCGUAACAUUGAUGAGUUGCGUUUAAUUUUUGCUGACCAUGGCUUACCUGAAGAGGCUGUGUCUGAUAAUGGGCCACAGUUUACUUCUGUAGAGUUUUCUGAAUUUAUGCAUAAAAAUGGCAUAAAGCAUACUUUGGUUCCACCUUAUCACCCACAAUCCAAUGGGGCAGCUGAGAGGUCAGUUAGAGUUGUGAAAAAAGCUUUAUUAAAACAAGUUCUUCAAUGUACAAUGGAUGUGUCUAUGAAACAUAGAAUAGCAAAUUUUCUGUUACGGUGUCGUACUACACCUCAUAGUACGACAGGUGUAUCACCAGCAGAGUUGAUGGUGAAGCGGCGUUUAAGAACCAGGGUAAGUUUAAUAAAACCUGAUAUUGCACAAUUUGUAGAGAGUAAAUGUAAACGUGAUAGAGUACGUGAUAGAGUAUGA